AUGGUUUGGCGAGAGUUAUGCCCCGCUUCUCAAGGCCCUCGCGUCAAAAGCGGACUUUCAGCGAGCCGAAAACCCAACUCGGCCAUUGAGCUUUUGGCACAACGUCCAGAACCGUCGGCCAUCCUCGUCACGGACGAAGUGUUGACCCUCCCGGAGAACAGGGCGGUCUGGAAAGCAGUUCUAGAGUAUGUCCGUCGCGGGGGCACGGCCGUGAUCAUGGGCCACUUUCCUUCGUUCGUUCGACCGAACCACCUGAAACCAUUUUUCUCCCAGGCAGGUCUCAACUGGGAAUCUGGAUCCUACCAGAGAACAACCCUGGCAUUAAACCCAGCCGCGGUUAGUGUCGCCAAUGCCGAGAAGCUGCCACAAAGAUACAGUCAGAAGGCUGUGUUCGUGAAGAACGUCGCACCAGGUGAUAUGUGGUACAAAACUGAUGAUGACUCGGUGGUUCAGUCGAUGGUCUUCCCGGCAACGAAGGUGAACAUAGCUGGAGAGACAGCCGUGGCGCUGGCCAAAGUCGGUACGGGAAAGCUAGGAUAUGUCGGCGACGUGAAUGCAGAGGAAGUUACUCGUCGUCUGUUCAUAAAUACUUCCCCUUUCGUAUCCGUGUCGGCGCUUCUUGUUCAGGAGAGAAACAUAAAUCUCAGAUAA